AUGCCGCAGCCUUCAGCCCCGCCCCCGCCCCCCUUUCCGACGCACCGAGCUGCGGGCGCGGCUCCCUCCAGCCAGCUGUGGCCUCCCUUCUCUUCGUUUUCGCAUUCCUUUCCGUCGUCUCCGCCUCCCCCGCCGCCCUCCGGUCCAGCGCGCUGCACUGCCCCGCCGCCGGGCGCGUACCGCCCCCCGUGCGCUUCUGCUGGACGUCCUCCUGCGCCAUCUGUCUCGAGCUGCGCUUCUCAGCCGCCUGCGUUCGGCAGUGCCGGAGGUCAGACGUCGCGGCCUAGCCCGUCGCCACCCCCCCCCUCGGCCUCGCCGUCGCUCGCGCCGCCGUCGCUCCCGCCGCGGCCUGCAUUCGCCGCGGCAGGUUCCCACUGGGCGGGGGGACCCUCUGCCGUCCCUCCGCCGCCGUCGCAGUCUUCAGUUUCUCCGCCGCCGCCUCCCUGCGCGUCGUCGCUUUCGGCGGCCUCCGCUGCAUCGCCGUCCGCGCUCGGUCGUUGCCUGCGGGCGCACUCAGCAGGCGCAGAGAGCGCGGGCGCGGCUUCAGAGCGACGCUGCUGCUCCUGGUGCGCUCCUGCACCGCCCGCCUGCCCCGCGUGCUCCUGUCAGGCAGCGCCGGCGGCAUCUGCGCCUGCCGCCUCGUGCGCAGGCUGCGCCGCGUGCUGCUCGCCCUCCCACGCAUCGGCCUUCCAGCGAUGCGCCUCGCACGCCCCGCCGUGCCCCCCCGGUUCCUCGGCUUGCGCCAGGUGCUGCGGCGCCGCCUCGGCCACGUGCUCCGUGCCGCCGCCGCCUCCGCCGCCUUCGUUCUCGCCUCCUCAGGCUCAUGACGCUGCCGCGAGGGUCGCGCAGGGUGCCCCGCCGCUGCGCCCGCCUCCGGCGUUCUGGGGCCCUCCAGGCGUCCCCACGGGGUUGCCGCGCACCGGCGCAGCGGCAAGCGGGAGCGACGGCUCCGCUGCGGUCUGUGCCCCCUCCCCACCUGCAGCAGGCGGCGAGGACGCGUGCUGCUGGCCUGGACGCCAACAGGAGGCGACUUCGCCCGCGGGCGCAGCAGACGGCGCCGCGGUAUCGGCACACCCUCCGCCCCCGAGCCCAAGGGCGUGGAACGCGCCUUCGCCCUCUCCGGCCCCUCCCCCAGGGCACCAGGGAGCCACCGGCGCAGGCGUUGCGCCUGUGUCUGCGGCGGAGCCUACGAGGCGGGAUGGCUGCUACGGGGGCUCCGCUGUGCCGCCGCCGCCUCCGCCUGCCUCAGAAGCGAACGUUGGAGCGCGAGCGGUGCCCUGGGCGGGCAAGCGCCAGGGUGCGUGGGAAGGACAGGACGCCUCGGCGAAGAAACGACGGAAAGAAGACGAAUUUGUUUGUUUGAUCUGCGACAAGACAUUUCGAAGCGCGAAGAGGCAGCAGCAUCACGAAGAAGAGGAGCAUCUUCCCUGCGACUAUCCCGGCUGUACUUACAGCGGGCCUGUGCACGUCAUGGUCAUGCACAAGCUGAAGCACCUCAAGAAUGAGAAGGGGGAAAGCUUGCUCGACAGUGAAUCGGAAGUGGCGGCGUGGCUGGCGGCCAGGAAAGAAAACUUCCCGUCGUUUCGAAAAAACCCCAAACCAAAGACCCCAGGGCCGGCACGACCCCCUCCUCGGCCGAAAAGCGUGUUGGAACGCAUUCUCAGGGAAACCAUGGAGUCUGCGUACGGUCGUCGCUUGAUUCACCCGGCAUUCUUCUCUAGCGCCUUCUGUCCAGAGUUACCCAAGAUGCUGGCUGCCCCUCCGCCGAUCUACUCCUUGAAACGCGAGUUUCGCUACGCCACACUCCCUCGGUCUCCGUACUCUCAUCCGAGCGGCCUGUGCCCGUCGUCGUUUCUUCUGCCCCCAGGGGCAAAAGGCCCCGGGAGAGAUGUUCGGUCCACAGGCCGAGGGAGCGGGCCAGAGGUCCCCCUGCGGCCGCCGCUACUGUAUCAGUUGCUCGCGCCAGAGAUACGUGGAUACGAAGUUAAGCUGAUUGCUGCGAUUCAGUUCAUCGUACAGAGUAAUUUUUUCAUGAACGAACCCCGCGCGGAGGCGGAGAAGGAGAGGCUGAUCGAGGUCGUUGAAGAAAAAGCUGUGGAUGGAGAAACCGAUGAUUGUGCGCAGGGAAGCCAUGCGGCAGCGCAAGCAAUCGCUGCAGAAGGCGAAGGGGCAACAGACUGA